AACGAAGCUAAACUACUGAUCCGCGAAGCCCGAAGCUUAAUAGUCAAAGCUAUUAGUAUCACUACGUCACAUGACCAGCAAUCUCGACUACUAGAUCUAGUAGAAAUCUUCAGGGAAUACACAGAAUUCGGCCGUAUCCGCCAUACUAGUACUUUACUAGCCUCUCAAGUAGCGAACCUCGAAAAUGCCACUAAACGGAUCGAAAUUCAAGCAAGAACACAAGCAAAAACUACCCCCACGAAGCCUACACAAGCUACACAAGCUAAGCCUACUUGGGCUAGUGUGGCUAGUCAAGAACCUACAAACUCAGCAAAGAACUGGACUUUAGUAUCACAUACUAAUGCUCGUGACACUAGCUUAUAUAGCACACGUGAUGCUAAAAACACAGCCCUCUCUAGGAAAUGCACCUUCCUACUAGCUCAUAUAGAGCAGGCUACUUCCUUUUCAGCUAUUUCUACCCGCAAUUCGCUCAAUACUGCUUUCCGCUCUAAGGGAAUCAAGGGACUAGUAAUCUCUAUAGUCUCUCUUUCCUCAAAGGGUAAUAUUAUAGUAAAUACUACCCCUGAGUUCAACUCUGACUUUCUGGUUCAAAAUAUUGAGAUUAUAAAGGGGGUGCUUCCCUUAGUUAAAAGCAUACAAAAAGGGGAACCAUGGUAUAAAGUUAUUAUCCACGGUAUACCUAUUCGUGAAGACUCAGGCCUCCAGCGAGCCGGUUCAGUAGUAGUGGCAUUCCCUACCGAGAUCCAAGCUAAUAGAGCUAUUAAAAAUAGACUCCUUAUAGCCGGAAUCUCUGCUAAGGUAGUAAAAUAUCAUACUAUCUCUAGCACUGCACAGUGCACUAGGUGCGCAGGGUACGGGCACUUAGAUUCUAUUUGCAAAAGAGAACCUAAGUGUUUACUAUGUGGGGAAAGUCAUGUGACUGAGAACCAUUUUUGCUCUAUCUGUAAAAAGAAGGGUAAAAAGUGCCCCCACGUGAUCACCAAAUGCUCUAAU